AGAGAGAGAAGCAAGGAACGAUGAUCCGCAGAAGACUCUCUUCCCUCCUCUCCUCUUCACUCUCCAGACCACCCUCCCUCCCCUCAAGGCCUCCAUCGCGACCUCCUCCUCCUCCGCCGCCGCUCCCGCUCCCACCCUCGCCGCCGCUCCGGUUCCGUCGGCCUCAGCAUUUUCACCUCCUCCCGGGCUCUGCAAUCGCCAGUCGCGGGCAAUGCGGCGGCGUCAGGGCUUACAGCUUGCUGAGCUUGAACGACCUCAGGGACCGGCAGCCGAAGAAGCAGAAGAAGCGGAAAGGGCGCGGGAUCGGUUCCGGUUUGGGGAAGACCGCGGGGAGGGGCCACAAGGGGCAGAAGGCGAGGGGGACCAUGAAGUUCGGCUUCGAGGGCGGGCAGACGCCGCUCCGCCGCCGCGUGCCGAAGCGGGGGUUCAAGAACCCUUUUAGCCUCACUUUCCAGCCGGUUGGAUUGGGGAAACUUGCAAAGCUCAUAAAUGCUGGGAAAAUCGAUUCCUCUGAGUUAAUUACGAUGAAAACUCUCAAGGAUGUAGGGGCUAUAGGGAAGCAGAUUAAGGAUGGAGUUAGAUUGAUGGGACGAGGUGCUGAGCAAAUACAGUGGCCAAUUCACCUGGAGGUGUCAAGGGUUACUAUUUGGGCGAAAGCAGCAGUAGAAGCUGCUGGCGGCUCCGUCAGAAGAGUGUACUACAACAAGUUGGGCUUGCGGGCAUUGGUUAAACCGGAGUGGUUCGAGAAGAAAGGCAGGUUGCUGCCAAAACCAGCCAGGCCUCCUCCAAAACAGAUGGACAAGGUCGAUAGCAUAGGCCGAUUGCCUGCCCCGACAAAACCCAUUCCGUUCUUAACCGAGGAAAAGGAGGCUGUGGCUACUCUGUCAUGAUGGUUAAACAAAUUGUUUGCGAUACAAAGUGCCCUUAAUUUUUGUUUAAUAAAUUUGCAGGCUAGAUUAUGUAAGCUUUUUAGAUGUUCUUCUUUUGGUAAUUGUACGCCGAUGGAUGAAGGAAAAAUGCUGAAACUGGGUUUUACUAAUCUUCAUCUGCUUACUCCUCCUCUCACGAGGAGUGUACUUUUUCUUUGUACGUUUUGAUUUAUUUUGGAAAAAAAGAAGUAAGAAUUUU